AAGCGUUCAGACUUCGGAGGAGUCUUGACUAUUUACUGGAGAGUGACUGUUCGGAAGAUGUUAGGAGGAAUGUCGAGAAACUGAAAAAGGGCCUUGAGGCAAUCCUGAGAAGGGGUAAAACUCACAUAACUACGGUGGGCAUCUUCGCGUUGCCUACUUUAUGGUCUUCGUGUCCGUUGUUGUCUGCUGGUAAGGCAGUAUGGGAGAUUUACAGUGGUCCUGAGAAGGGUAAAGAAGUUGGAAUAUUCUGGGAUAAAAUCGAAGACGAUCUUAUACAAUUUUGUUUGGAUCAAUCUUUAGCCGGAAAUGAGGCUCGAGUUAUCUUGAACCAGAUAAAAUUGGGUAUUUUAUCGGAUAGGAAGAAAUCCAAGAGAAAAGCUACCAGUGAUACAGAGAAGGAUGAUACAGAUGCAUCAACAUCACCCACAAAAAAGGUAUUCUAUUAG